ACGUUUCAAUUCAGCAAAAAUCAUCAAUGUGAACUUGUACUACAGCCACUACACUGAAGUUGAGUGAAGUUCUACGUUGUAAAAGGAAAGGAUACAAACAUUCUUAGUAGUCGUAAAACACCAUCAUUUUUAUUUGUGAUACCAUUUAUAAAAUUGACUCUUUUGAGUCCGCUUAAGGUUAGUUAACUUAUUCAGUGUACGUACAAAAAUGGAUCCAUUUAUUAUUGCUGCUAUAAUUAGUGCAAUCGUUAUCGUUUGUCUUUCGUUUGCAUUUUUAAGAGUUGGAUCACAAGUAAAACCAAAUGCUGGAGCGAGACCUAGAGCUGUAGCCCCGCGAGAUGGAGGUCCUGGACGAGUUCAGGCAGUACGGAAUCAAAGGGCUAGGAUGAGAGCUAAUGCUGCUCGCCAUCAAGCUGCGGCUGUGGAGGAGGAACCUGAUUUCGUGGAUGAGUCUGAUGAAGAUGCUCCCAGGGAGACAGUGAAAGUGGAUUUAGAAGACAAAAUGGGAGCCAAGAAAAGAGCUAAGCUAGAAGCAAAAAUGGAAAAGAAAAAGGCCAGAGAAGCAGAGGAACACUUACGAGAGGUGAAAAAGCAGAAGGAUGAGGAAUUAGAACAGGAGAGGAAGAAGCUUGAAGAACAGAGAGAGGAAGAGGAACGUCAAAAAGAGGAAGCUGCUCUCAAAGCCGAGGAAGAACGUAAGAAGCGUGAACAAGAGGAGUAUGAAGCUAUGAAAGCCGCUUUCACUGUGGAAGGUGAAGGUUAUGAUGAGGAUGAAGAACAGGACAAAGAGAACAUGCUGAAAGACUUCAUUGAUUACAUCAAAGCGCAGAAAGUUGUCCUUCUCGAAGAUUUGGCUGCACAUUUCAAAUUAAAGACGCAGGCGGCUAUUGAUAGAAUAACAGACUUACAAGGUUCGGGCGAACUAACCGGCGUCAUAGACGACAGGGGAAAAUUCAUCUACAUUUCACAGAAAGAGUUGGAAGACGUCGCCAAAUUUAUAAGACAGCGUGGCCGAGUAUCCAUCACCGACUUAGCAGAAUCUAGCAAUGAUCUUAUCAACCUUAAUCCCGUAACUGUACCCUAGUCAUGAACUACCAAUGCUCACAAGCAAUUUUUUAUGUUGUUAUUAAAACAAAAUAAAGUUAAUUAUUACAAACAUUUAUUUUAAGUGACAAAAAAUA